GGCGUCGUCCUCGGUGUCCCAACAUGUCCCCUCCACCUAACCUCUUCAUCCGUGGCGGUGCAUCGCGACUCGAAACGGAGCAUGCCAGUCAGUCGGUUUUUAUCCAGCGGACGGGACGGUGCGUGGCGGUCUGGUGCGAGUGGCAGCAGCGGGUUCAUAUGAUCGGACAGUACGAACCGUCCCUGGCUGCGUUGUGAAAACGGAAAAAAAAAAACACCCACGGUUUUAAUCGCGAUUCCGUCAACACGAUCGAGCCGUUUCGUUCGCCUGUGACGUUUCAUCGAACGGAUCCAAAGAGUGUGUGAUACCGUUCCUCGUGGCCGGGAAGGAUCGAAAGCUACCACCGGAGGUGCAGCGGUCGGCCAUUGCGCUUUCUUCGUGUCGCCGUUCAGACCGCGCGGUGCUCUGCUAUCGGUGUGUGUUACAUUCUACCGGGUGUACAGAAACCAUACGUGUGCCUCCCUUCUCUAACCCGGUGUUGCCCUACCCCUGUUGAAAAGCAUCAUAAGAUCGUUUACGCCCGUCUCGUGUUUCAAGAAACGACGUAUCGCACCGACUCGUGCCUCCGUGACGUGCGAGACACCACACGCUCCGUCGGUAACGGCGUCUCUCUCUUCGAAUUGAACGUACAUCAGGGAUCGGUGCGAAGGAGAAUACAUUAAACGCUUCGCGGAACAGCGACCGGGUACGAACGAAAGGAGACUGGAAAUUUGUAGAUAGAAAGGCUUGAAACGAAACCGCGCGAACAUCAGCUUCCUUCCUUCGACGAUCGCCUGAUACAAAGAUAUAUCGAAUAAGAUUCGAUAUCGAGAAGGAAGAAACGAAUCCGUGGGUGUAGAAAGCACUUAAGAACAUCCAUCCUAUAACACAAUUGAAAGGAUCUCCCGCGGCGUUGUUUAAAGUUGAGAAGUGAAAGGCUGUACCAAGGUGCACCGGAGGUGUCGUGAAUCCGCGGUGCACACGUGACAUUUUUACAAUGCCACGCUAAAAAGGCCUGGGAUCCGCUGUGACGAUCGUUAGCCCCAUCUCCGUUUGGUAUUUAAAGGGAGAAGCGGGUCAGAAGAGGCGCGAUUCGUUUUCUCUUCUCUAAUGUAAACGCGCCGUGUUGCGGCCCGAUCAGAGGGGAAUCACGGGAUUCUGAAUGCUUCGUUCCGCGCGACUUACCGAUUGCCGCAUCCCCAUGAAGCUUCAUCUUCUUCUUACAAUCUGUUUCGUUAGCACGGAUAAGAAAGAAUUGCGUGGAUGCACGACAGUGUAAACAUCAUUCAGAAAAAUAGGCAGAUUUUACGUUUAUUGGGGAAUAUCCACGGCAUAUCGCAAAGCAAAAUACCCCUCGUUGCAAUCAUCUGACCCGCAAGAAGAUCGCGAUUGGCGGGAAACGACGGUUUUCGACGUACGAAGGAAAGGUCAACGAACUCGAGUCUGCUCGAUAAGUGUGAACGCAAAACGAAACGAAAGAAAAACGGACGUUCUUGAACCUGGAACUCGAGUCGGCUCGACCAGCGACUCGUCAACGUCCUUCCCGUUGUCCUUGGACUGAUCGGCCCUGGGGUGGUGUGCUUGGGGCCGCAGAUGGGAGCAGGUCUGCCCGAGCCCGACUGGGUGAUCAACCCCGGAAAACGACAGCAACCGUCCGGACUUCCGCUUGUGCCGUACGCUCUUUCUCUUCUUGCUCGUCGCCCCCCAGGCUUCUCGCUCUCGAUUCGGCCGCGUAAACUCGAUCAAGCUGGAAUUGAUGGAGUUGGAGAAUAUCGUGGCGAACACUGUAUACCUCAAAGCGAGAGAAGGCGGUGGUGACAGCAACAAGGGAAAGAGUAAGAAAUGGCGGAAGAUACUCCAAUUUCCACAUAUCUCCCAAUGCAUUGGCCUAAAAGAUAAGCUAGAUAUCAGGUACAGCUAUGUGGUGGAUCAACAACCAAUCGGUCGACUAUUGUUCAGGCAAUUUUGCCAGGACAAGAAACCGGCCUACCAUCGGUACAAUCUCUUCUUGGACGCGAUCGAGAAGUACGAGAUCGAGAUGGACGAGAAUCGGACCGAAUUGGCGAAGGAUCUGUUCGAGCAGUACCUGAAGAGAGAAGGUUCGGAGGUGGUGGACAUCCUGAACGAUUCUUUGAUCGCUCAAUGCGAGGAGAGGCUCAGCACCGGUGGGAAGGAGCUGUUCGUCGAGAUCGCACAGACCGUGAAGAACUUCCUUGCUGGAGAGCCAUUUUCAGCUUUCCAAACUAGCUUCUAUUUCUAUAGGUACCUGCAGUGGAAAUGGUUGGAGGCCCAACCAGUCACGUACAAGACCUUUCGCAUGUACAGGGUGCUCGGCAAGGGUGGUUUCGGGGAGGUUUGCGCUUGCCAGGUGCGAGCGACGGGUAAAAUGUACGCGUGUAAGAAGUUAGAAAAGAAGAGGAUCAAGAAACGAAAAGGAGAGGCGAUGGUGUUGAUCGAGAAGAACAUCCUGCAGAAGAUCAACUCGAAGUUCGUUGUCUCGUUAGCGUACGCUUAUGAAACUAAAGAUGCGUUAUGUUUGGUAUUGACCAUCAUGAACGGUGGUGACUUAAAGUUUCACAUCUACAACAUGGGCGGUGAGCCUGGCUUCGACAUCAACCGUGCCAGGUUCUAUGCCGCCGAAGUGGUCUGCGGUCUGGAGCACCUGCAUCUUCAAGGGAUCGUAUACAGGGACUGUAAGCCGGAGAACAUUCUUCUGGACGAUCACGGCCACGUGAGGAUCUCCGACCUCGGCCUGGCCGUUGAGAUCACUGAGGGAGACAUGGUGAGAGGAAGAGUGGGCACGGUAGGCUACAUGGCACCGGAAGUGAUCGACAAUGAGAAGUACACAUUUUCGCCAGAUUGGUUCAGCUUUGGCUGUCUUUUGUACGAGAUGAUUGAAGGCCAGGCACCGUUUCGCGCUAGGAAGGAGAAGGUGAAGAGGGAAGAGGUGGAUAGGAGGGUGAAGGAAGAUCAGGAGAGGUAUUCGACCAAGUUCACCGAGGAAGCUAAGAGUCUGUGCCAGCAGUUGCUGAAGAAGAGCCCGAAGAACAGGCUGGGAUGCAAGUGCGGCAGACACGGGGCUAAGGAGGUGAAGCUCCAUAGCUUUUUUCAAUGCUUGAACUGGAAGAGGGUCGAGGCCGGUAUGUGGGAACCGCCGUUUGUGCCGGAUCCUCAUGCGGUUUACGCUAAGGAUGUGUUAGACAUCGAACAGUUCUCCACGGUGAAAGGUGUCAAUUUGGACGCCACGGACGACACAUUCUACAGUAAAUUCAAUACCGGCAGCGUGUCUAUUCCAUGGCAGAACGAGAUGAUCGAGACGGAGUGUUUUAAAGAGUUGAACGUGUUAGGCCCUAACAACACACCGACUCCUGAUCUGCUGAUCAACCAUCCUCCACCCAACAACGAGAACAGAGGCUGUUUUCCAUUUCGCAGACAGAAGAAACAGAGUGCGCGUACAAGGCAGAUACCGCUCUCAGAAUGUCAUCUGUUAGAGCUGUCUCAGAGUCAGAACUCGGAGAUGCCAGCCAGCUGAUCCAAAAUGAACGCGAGUAGUGCGAAUCUACCAACGUCGUCGUCAGUGCGACGUCGUCGUUGCGGACGACGCCGACGGGCGCUUAGGUGCUGCCCGAAGCUGCUUUAAAAAGACGCCCGAUACGGCUCCGCGACUUUGGUGCCGAUCACACGCUGCAACCGCACUCGUUGCACUUGUCCAUGUUAGAAACGAUCGCUGAGAUGAAAAUAGGACACUCGGCAAAAGCACAGAUUUCUCAGGUUUCUCCAGAGCACAGAGAGGAGCAACUUACGAAUUCAAGAGGAUUCUUAAAACCGAAGCGUGUUUGUCAACGUUGCGUCGUCAUCGUCCCCUUGCAGUAAGACUGAUGUUAUUAAAAAUUCAUGAAUUCUUAACAAUGUUAUUCUUACCUGCGAACAAACGAUGGACGGUAACUAUAUGUAUAGGUAGUUACAUAUUGAAACAUCUUGAAUUACACGUCCGUUUGCGUGCAAACCUCGUGUGCAUUUUAUAAUGCACCGCACGGAUGCAUUAUCAUAUACAGAAAUGAAAUUGUAAUAAUUUUUAGCGAAAUGGCGAACAUCGAGAUACAAAGUUUUGAAAUUUCUAGGGUUGUUAUCCGUUAACACGUUUGCUGAGGAUCCACGUCACGUUCAAUAUUAAUAAUGCCAAUGAUAUUAUUGAAAACGAUAGAAGAAAAUUACUAGUAAUAUUAUUUUUUACUUACUUCAUUCAUCAACGUGUUAAUCCGUGCAUCCAUGCGUCUAAGUACAAUUACCGUCGAUAUACACACGCCUAAGCAGCGGCCACACGAGUACCGUUUACAUGUUGACACGUGUGCAGUGCUUGCGCGUUAAAUACCAGUGACGCAAUUACGCGCGCUGUGCUAAUUAGGGUCGCGCGAAAAUGUUUACGCGUCGAUGCUGUAAGUUUGUCCGCACGCUUUGAGAGAAACGCAUUCGCCACGUGUAUAAUAAGUAUGUGUACUUAGCGCAGUCGGUGCACACGACCGGCGCGCGUGCAUACGGGACGUGAUAACGAUAACGGUAACUUUAUUGAAAAGAAAAGAAAAAGAAAGAACAAAAAAAUGCUGUAUACGCGUGGAAAUCGUCACAGCAUCGUAAAACGCUCCCAUUGAUUCUUCGGAAGCGAGUUCAAAGACAUUCAGAUUAUGCAGUCUUUUCACUGGUUCAUUGUAUGUAUGCUGCUCAAAACGAGUACAAGGUGACUGCUGUCUUGAAUGACUAUUUAUACUAUAGUAUCUCUCUUUUUUUUUUUUUUUAGAAUCUUGCACAGUGGAGUAUUUGUAUAAAAAAAAAUUGGCCAACGUUAUUUUUGUACUUUAUUCACAUUUUAUUGAUACAUUUCGGUAAAUUAUACAUGAAUUUUGGUAAUUUUUAAUACGAGAUCUAAUUUUGAGCAGUACGUAAAACACGGUCUAACAUUGAUUCAAAGUGUUCUUUGUUAAUCGACAAUCUACAAUAGGUUCUUCUAAUUGUAUUUGCUCGAAACAAUCUACCAAUUAUUUCGAGCAAUGUAAUCUGCCUAAUUAAUUGAAGGAUACUCUGAUUACGAAAGGGAUAGAUGCAUUUAGUCUAAGAUGUCUACGUUUUUGAUAAUACUUUUACUUUUUGACGAUGGUUUACAGUCUGCACGGCAGAUGCGCUUAUGUAUACAAUUAUCUUUCUUUUUAGUAAGGAUCAUUUUUUGAACGACGAGUUUAACCCGUCCUGAGAUACGCACAAAAUGGUACGCGAUUCUUUUUCAUAUUUUUUUUUUUUUUUUAUUCUCUACAAGUGAUUCAGUGAUUCUUUGAUCGAACAUUUUCCAAAGGCCUUUUCCAAGAGAAAUAAUGAAUCGCAUUGUUGAUGAAACGUACACGAAUAGUCGCGCACACUAAAGAUAUAUUUAUACAAAGUCGAGAGGAAUUGUUGUUCUUUCUGUCGUCGGAGAAAAGAAUUGAUAAAAGAAAGACGAUGAUGAUGCGUAAACGAGAAUAGGAGGCUGACAGGUGUAGCCGGAUAUAAUAAUACUGUCGAAAUCGUCGAAAUCACGUGGCUUGCAUUUUAUAUUAGCCUUUGAUUCUCGCACAGUUUUCUUUGUCUUUUUUUUUAAAAAGAUUGUAUCAUACGUCGUUGCCAAGGCGAAUCGAUCCGUAUAUCUCGAAUGGGCUGACAAAUGAAAUUAGGAUAUAUUUAACCCUUUGAUUGUGGCGCGCUCUAAAAAGGAACCAUCAGUAUUUUGCGGUGCGAUAUAUCUAAAAUUAGAACUUUGCAUUUUAAAAAUAAGAAAAUAUUGGAAUAGUUAUUAAUAUUUAAUUAUUUGAUUGAUUGUAUACAUAUUUUGCAGUCAAAGGGUUAGAAGCGAAUCAUUUAGUAAUUCUAAACGAUUUCAAAUCAAUUCCGAAAUCUUUCUUUUUUAUUUUAAUAAUAACAAUUGUUCGUUUGAUAGUCCAUUCGCUAAUAAUAUUUAUGUAUUAUUGCGUAUUUAAAGCAAACGAAAGGGGUGUGUCUCAUUAAGAGGAUCCCGUCUUAGUAAGGUAACGAAAAAAUGUAUUAUUAAUCCACGAAUAACGGUGUCACCCUCUUAAUCGAUGGUAACACAAUCAUAUCUGUCAUUUGUUCCAAUUCAACCGAUCAACGCUGAAAGGACAUUUAUCGGUUGAAAGUGGAAUUUUAAAUCGCUCACGAUACAACACCGUGUAACUCGUACAAACUGCGGUAGAAUUCUCAUUCUUCAACCACUGGCGACGACAAACUCGAGGGCUGUUAAUAUUCUACUAAUUUUCGGUAUUUAACCCUUCAGACUCGAUAAUGCAGGCAUUCUGUAUUAUCAAUUAAGAAUUGUUGUUCUUUUUUCAGAAGGCAAAAGAUUCUAUGCUUAGGCUCUUCCUGGGUUCUUUAUGGGAUCUCUAUGGGUUCUUUUAAAACUAAAAGGAAGCCUACAUUGCAUUAGAGUAUAUCUUAAAAGAUACAAUAAGUUGUAUUGGUGGUAUAAAAUGUCGAGUCUGGAUGGUUAAAUGAAUUAACCGAAAAGAGAAUCGCACAAAUUUUAAUCGUUGAAGAAAAUUGGUAAAUCAUAUACUAUAUGCUAUUAUACAUUAUACCAAGUCGGAUUGUAUUAGUGAAUUGUGAGUCGUCCUGGUGGUUCGAAGUUAGCAACGUAAUUUUGCAUUACUCUGUAAUAAUAUGUAGGCUAGUGUUAAACAACUAAUUACCAAGGGGAGAAACGAAGGAUAUCGUGUAAAGAGAACGAUGGUAGUCUGGUUUUCGUUGUUCGAUGCCAUACUUGCAAUCACGAAAGGAAUCUCUCAGUGCUUUCAACUGUGAUUAUUUUUGUUCGAUGUCCUAUCGCUCCGUUUGUUAAUUUGUUAACCCUUUCGACCUGGGAAAUCAAACACUUUACAAACUUUAAUUUUUGAAAUUACUUAUUCAAUUUUUUGAAAUUACUUAUAUAGUAUUUGAAAUAACUAUAAUUAUGGCGAAUUCAUAGGAUAACAUUAUAUAUUAAACAGGGUCGAUUGGGUUAAAAACUUUUCCACAAACUAUCGAGUGGCAUAAAUAAUGCCAUUCGAUGGAUUGUUUCUGACGAGGCGCGUGUCUUUUGCUCAAAAAAGACGAAUCAACUCGUUCGUACGAUGUUCUCGUAUAAAGUACCUCGUAUUCUGCUGGACGUUUGUCCAGGAAUCUCGUUUAGUGCUCGUCCAAUAGUUUCAUAGUGUUCAUUUUCGAAUUCUUCGUCUCGAAGAAGCGUGUAUUCAUCCAUUUGCCAGUCUUUUCUUUUUCUAUUCGAGAAUUUUGUAUAUUCUAUCGUUUCGGUACAACGAACGAGACGUUUUCCUUUUUUUAAUUGUAGAAAGAGGGGCGCGAAUAAUAUUUAAAUCAUUCCACUUUUCCGUGCAAAUGUUUAUACUUUCUCUUUUAAGUGCAAUGUCAAACUGUUAAGCUCACACUGAAAGGCGUUUGUGAUUAUCAAAUUGCAUUGGAAUAACUAAUCUAUUUUUUGUUUUAAGUCUCUGAAAAUUGUAUUGAUCUAAUACUGAUAACAAGAAUGAUCCACGUUGCAAUAUAAACUUUAAUUAAUUUAUAUCAAAGUUCAAGGGUCACAAUCUCUAUAUAUUCAUGGUUAUUCCAAUGCAAUUGCUUAAUGUACUGGUAUGAAUGAAAACCCUUGCCGUUAGGAAGAGGACAAGUGUUUUCAUUAUCUCCCUAAGCUCGUAAGCACGUGAAAGUUCUCCUUUGUACAUACAUAUACAUAUAUAUAUAUAUAUAUAUACUAUAGCAACGAUAUUAUACAAUAGCUAGUAAUACAGGAAGCGAAUCAGUUUAGGUGUUAGAUGCGUGUUUGUAUAGGUGCAAAAAAAAAGAGGAAUUAAGCGGUAGAGACCUAAUCGUUAACUCGUGAAACGAUGGGAAUACCGAUGUGAGAUUAUCACUGUAUUUAUAGAUAGCUGUAUACUUUCUUCCAUAAUUCUUUUUAACCCGCCGUCACUCUGUAUGAAAGACUAUGGUAAAAAAAAAACACACAGAUUUGUAGGUACAGAGGGAGGGUGGAAAUAGUAUUUGAAAUAAAUUGUAGAAAUUUGGUAAUCAAAAGUUAAUCAUAGUUCACAUUUUUAUAUAAAAAAUUUAUAAUUUUCAAUUUUUAGCCCCUUUUCUUUGGUUUUAAAAUUGUAAGAAAUUUAUCAUCUAUGAAAGUGCUAUAUUUCAUUUUUAUUACAAAUACUAUUUGCACUCAGGUGUGCGUGUGUCCUUCAUUGGAUCGAGGCCAGUUGAAGUAACUUUUAGCAUAGGUCGUCAAUUUAGUUUCACCGUUUCUUAAGUCUGGGCUCCAGCGACGACUUUCUCGGUUUCCUUCGCGAAUUUUAGAGCCUAAUUCUUGUAACCAACGAAACGUACAUAGCUCAAAAUAUAUCUGUUUUUUAACUAUUGAGUCAUCAUGAGAAUAGGUAUGAUGAGGCGCUAAUGAACGAAUCUCGAUGAUAAUCUCAAUUUAUACUUAAUCGAGUGUUUAUAGACAAUGGUACUAAAAAAAAUUGUUUCUUAAGAAUAAUCUGUGUAGUAUCUAAUAAUUAAUUUAUUUAAUAAUUGUAUUAAAUAUAGGACAAAUUUUUUGUAAUUUAUCGAAUCAACGAAUUAUAGAGGGUGAUUUAAUACGCACACUCUUAUAUAACGAAAUUUAAUUUUAAUAUUAGAAAAAGAAACGCUCAAAAUCACAUCGCUAAUUAAUUUUCAUAUUAUAAUGAUAAUAAACAAAAUCGUCGAACCGAGAUCGCGCUGGAAUAUCCGUUCCAAACUUCUUUCUUUCUUUUUAAUGUUUUCUUCUUUUCAUUUCGUAAUUCUUUGUUAAAACUUGAUGAGAUAAACGGAAUGAGAGGAAAAAGGAAAUUUUUGUUCCUGCUACGCCGACGAAGCCAAAUGAAAUUUUAUUUCUUUUGUAAUCUCUGUGUAUGUUGUACAACUACUGUGAACAGAGUUAUAAAUAUUAUAAAUAUAUUAUAUAUCAUGUAUAAUAUAUUUAUAUAUAUACACACAUAUUGUGUAUAAGUUAUAAAUAUUUGACUGUCAUAUAUUUAUAACUUAUAUGUUUAUACAUACAAAAUAUAGACGCGUAUGUAACCAAGACUUUAAAUUAUUUAUUAAUAAUUCGUGCGGCCCUUAUAAAGAAAAACAUUGAAAGCCUUCCAUCGAAA